GCAAAUUUUCUCAAAUUCUUCUUCAUUUUUGCAGACCACAGGGAUCAAUCUUUUUUUUUUUUUUUUUUUUUUUUAAGGUUUCCUUUUCAUCUUGCACAUUAUUUUUUGUUUGUGCAAACAAAACCAGAAUUCAUCAUGAAUGACUUCAAUUUUACUCCACAGUUUUCGUUUUCUAGAAACUCUUCUUCAUUAUUAUCAGAGCUUUUGUUAACAAGCGGAACAAAUCCACUAGAUUCAAUCUUCUUCUCAAAUUUCGACACUUAUUCUUCAUCAAAUGCCAUUGUUAGUAAUCCUUUAGAAUCAAUUGGUUCUUCUGUUUAUCUCCGCCAAAGAGAAUUUCUUGAAAAGUUCAAUUUCGAAAGGUCCAAGACUAACACCAACACAACUACCACUGCAACUCAAAACUCCCCAAUCCCAGAAAGACAAGUGCAAAAUACUACUUCAUAUCUUAGUAGUACUAGUAGAAGUGAUAAUAUGAAGAAGCUUUACAGAGGUGUCAGACAAAGACAUUGGGGGAAAUGGGUAGCUGAAAUACGAUUACCACAAAACAGAAUCAGAGUUUGGUUGGGAACUUAUGAUACAGCCGAGGUAGCGGCGUACGCGUAUGAUGUUGCAGCGUAUAAACUAAGAGGAGAGUAUGCUCGGUUGAAUUUUCCUAACCUUGGAGAUGAAUCCAAGUUAAGGUUUUCGGAUCGAGCACGACUUAGUGCACUGCGGUCUUCAGUUGAUGCUAAAAUUCAAGCAAUUUGCCAAAAGGUCAGGAGGGAGAAAGGAAGAAGAAAGAAAGCAAAAGGAAAUACUAGUAGUGACACAAUACCAAAUCCGAAUUCAGUUUCGGGGUUGAAUUUGUAUUCUAUUUCAGAAGAAGAUUCUUCAUCAAAGAGUGAUACUUAUUCGAAUUCAUCCCAAGAUGUGAAUUGUUCUUCAAUGCUGCUGGGUGGUGGUGAAGAAGAUUUGGAUAUGGAAUAUGAAGGUUGUUGUUCACUUGCUAGAAUGCCAUCUUAUGAUACUGAUUUGAUUUGGGAAGUUCUUGCUAAUUAGUUAGUGCAAUAUAAAUUUUGUGAAAUCUUGUUUUCUUGAAGCAAAUAUAUCCAUCCCAUUGUGAAUGGUCUUCUAGAAACGGAAAAAUCCACGGAUAUUCUUCCAUCAUCCCACAGUGUGUUCCAGUAGGCAGUAACUGCGCGUCUUGGAUACUAAAAAUCUCGGCUUCCUUUUUAUGUAGCUUCAGUGGCACCAAUAUUCUCCUCUGUAACAUACAAUAAUAGUUGUACGAAAAUCAAAUUUACUCUCACACGUCUUAUGUUUAUAAGUCAAUUUGGCUCUCGAUUUAUAAACUUAAUGGUGUUCAU